CGGUACACUGCCCCCGGGGGGUCAUUUACCAACAUGUUCUCGGUUCAAAACCUGAAGGGGUGUGGGUAACAAAGGACCUGCUUAGUUGCACCUUCUGUUUUCUAACGUAGGUAGGGUGGUAGUCUUUUGUGGCUUGGUUCUUUUUUGUAGUAUUCAUCUCUUCAUUUCUUCCCACUUUCCCCUUGUUAUCUCCACAAACAUUUGCUCAUCUUUUGUCUGCUUUCCGCAUUGGUCUCCUCUUUCUUGCAUUCCAACUUGUUUUAUCUCUUUGUACAGUAGCAUUAUUUUAUAUUUACUUUUCCCUCUCCUCUCUGCUGUUUGUCCCGUCGUUCGGUUUCUUGUUAUACUUUGCUAUACCGUUUCCGCCCGGUGCCCGUUCCGAGGUUUGAAAGCAUCCAAAGACAAGACCGGUUCAUGUAUACAUACUAAAAAAAAAGCCGGCCUUUUCUCGUCCAUCACCAACAAAAAAUUCAAAUAAAAACAUUGGUCAUCACAAGCUUGACUCGGGAAUUAAACUACUCAGGAAGAAAGAAAAAAAGAGGUACGGCAAUAUGGGUUUCUCAGUUUGGUCUGCCAUGACGGCAGUCCUGGGGUUGUCGGCAGCAGUGGUAUCAGCUGGAUCUCCCAGCAGGCAUAUGGCGAGGGCGGACGCGGCCUGCAACAACUCGCCAGAGCUGUGCUCAAGGGCGUACAACCAGAUCACACACAUGGGCGCUCACGACAGCCCCUUCCUCCGCGACGCGUCGACGGGCAACUCGAUCGCGGGCAACCAGUUCUUCAACGCGACCGUGGCCCUCUCGGCCGGCCUGAGGCUGCUGCAGGGCCAAGUUCACAACGUCAACGGCGUCCUGCGACUAUGCCACUCGGACUGCUCGCUGCUCGACGCGGGACCGCUGCAGGACUGGCUCGCCAAGGUCAAGGCCUGGAUGGACGAUCACCCAAACGACGUCGUCACCGUGCUGCUGGUCAACUCGGACAACAUGGACGUCGCAAAGUUCGGCGCCGCCUUUGAGGCCUCGGGCAUAUCAAAGUACGGCUACAAGCCCGCGUCCACCACGGCCCCCACCGGAAACUGGCCGACCCUCCAGACCAUGAUCGACGCUGGCACGCGCCUCGUGUCCUUUAUCGCCUCCAUCGACGCCAGCCCAACCUACCCGUACCUGCUGUCCGAGUUCUCGUACGUCUUUGAGACCGAGUUCAUGGUCACGACGCCGACGGGCUUCAACUGCAGCCGGGGCCGGCCCACGGCCGCCGGCACCGCCGCCAACGCCAUCGCCAAGAACUUCAUCCCGCUCAUGAACCACUUCAAGUACGACAGUCUGACGAGCAGCAUCCAGAUCCCCGCCGUCGGCGACAUCGACUCGACCAACUCGCCCGACGCCACCAAGGCCGGCGCCUUGGGCCUGCACGCCGCCACCUGCAAGAAUGAGUGGGGCGUCGUCCCCGUCCUGGUCCUCGUCGACUUUUGGGACAAGGGUCCCUCCAUCCAGGUCGCCGACGUCAUGAACGCCAUCACCCCGACGGGGAGGAGCCUGCCGUCGUCUGCCGGCGGCGCCAGUGGCGGUAACAAGGGUACCACCACCGGCCGGAGCGACGGGAGCAGCACCAAGGAGCCUAGGCUGGGCUUGGGCACCGGUGCCCUGGUGGCUUUCAUGGCGGCUGCCGUGCUCAUGUUUUGAUUAUUUUGAUUAUUAUUUUAUUUUAUAUUCACAUCAUCUUGGUACAGACCUCGUGUCUUUCCUUUUGUCAGAAAACAGAUAUCCGGUACAGAUUUAGCAUAGCGAUGGCGUUUCAAUUUGAUUGGCUCAUUACUUCACAUCCUUCUUUUCUUUUCUUUUUUUUUCCUUUCACAUUUUCUGAUUUGCCGUCUGGCAUUGUAUACCGUGAAUCUACUACUGUACGGUAGACUCUUUUGCUGAGCUGUAUCGAGUCGCAACACAAUUAUAUGGCCAAGGUCGAUCCCUAUUUCGUCUUCACCGCACGCUAGUACACAAUUAAAUUACAAGUUUGUGGCUGGCUGGAGUUGAUUGAAACGUUGGGCGACGGCCGGUUGCGCCUUAGGGCAGGAAGCAAGUGUUUUAUUCUAGAAUCCAUCGCGCACGCUUGGCCACCGACUGUUAAUAUCUAUACCCAGAUGCAAUCUUCCAAGGAAGAGCCAUCCACAAUAGAAUCAGGAAAUCAGGAAACAGGAGAUCCAUAGUCUCCAUAAAGCACGAACCAAUCUAGAAUGCAACAAGGACCAUCCUCCAAAUACAGCCAAAUUGCAAGCAAGUUAAGGUGGCUAUUAUUC